AUGGGUCCGCCCACGUACUACAACCUUGGCGAAUACCGGCGCGAGGUGACCACCAAAUCCCCUGAAGCGCAGAUCUGGUUCGAUCGCGGGCUCAUGUGGUCCUAUUCCUUCAAUCACGAGGAAGGAUACCGUUGCUUCCAGAAGGCCGUCGAACAUGACCCCACCUGUGCCAUGGCGUACUGGGGCAUCGCAUACGCCGUUGGCCCGAAUUACAAUAAGCCCUGGCCCCGUUUCGACAAGGCAGAUCUGACAAAAGCCAUCAUGGUGGGCUCAACGGCACUGUCGCGCGCCGUUGAGAUGGCAACAAACGCCCAGCCAGUGGAAAGGGCCUUGAUCCAGGCGCUUCGCACUCGUUUCCCGCCGGAAGGAGCAAGCCCCCCACAGGACACCCGGCCUCUUGACCUCGCCUAUGUCGAAGCGAUGAGGAGCGUAUACCAGGAUUUUGGCAGCGAUCCCGAUGUUUCUGCCUUGUUUGUCGAGUCACUCAUGAACCUCCGCCCCCGCCAGCUGUGGAACCUCAACACAGGCGAGCCCACUAGCCCAGAGACGGUGGAAGCGAUGACGGUCAUUGAAGCAGCCAUGGUCCGCCCGGUCAGCAAAUACCACCCUGCGACUUGCCACCUGUACAUCCACCUGAUGGAGAUGUCGCCAAACCCGGCCAUCGCUCAGCCUGCAGCGGAUCGGCUACGUCGUCUCGUCCCGGACGGUUCCCACAUGCAGCACAUGGCGACUCACAUCGACAUCGCCUGCGGCGACUACCGCCGAGGGGUCGACUCCAACUACGACGCCAUGAUCUCAGAUGACAGAUACUUUGCCGAGGAGCAGGGUUCCGUCCUCUACACUGCGUACAGGACUCACAAUAUUCAUGUCAUGGGCUACGCCGCCAUGAUCUCGGGCCGCUUGGAGCCUGCGCUGUUGGCCGCCAAGCGUUUGGACGAGAUCAUCACGACAGAGAUCCUGUCCAUCCAGUCUCCACGCAUGGUCAACUGGAUAGAGUACCAACGCGGAACGAUGGCUCAUGUGCUCAUCAGGUUUGGACGCUGGGAGGAGAUUUUGAAGCUCGAACUGCCCAAGGAUCGGCAGCUGAUGUCCACCACCACCGCCGUCAUUCUGUACGCCCGAGGGAUUGCUUUCGCGGUACUGGGCCGCCUGGAAGAGGCCAGAGACGCCAAGGCCGAAUUCGAAAAGGCUCGCCUUGCGAUUCCCGAGGACCGUGUUUACGGCAUGACGUCGACCGGCAGGGCCGUUCUCGGCGUCGCGGCGCUGAUGCUGGACGGUGAGCUGACGUACCGCGAGGGCAACUUCGAAAGGGCGUUCGAGAUUCUGCGCCAGGGAGUUGAGGCCGAGGACAAUCUCCCUUACAGCGAUCCUCCUCUGUGGAUGCAGCCAGUUCGCCAUGCUUUGGGCGCUCUCCUGCUCGAGCAGAAUCGCGUCGAAGAGGCCGUAGAGGUAUAUAAGCAGGAUUUGGGAUUCAGUGAGAACCUUUCGGCUCGGAAAGCGCGUCCCAACAAUGUCUGGGGAUUACAGGGCCUCUACGAAUGUCUUGUGCGCCUCGGAAAUCGCGCUGAGGCUCAGAUGAUCCGCAGGCAGCACGAUAUUGCUGUGGCUUCCGCCGACAUCCCUGUGGGCGUUUCAUGUUUCUGUCGGCUGUCAAAGCCUACAAUCAGCUCUUGUUGUCCGUCCUAG